GAGCCCGCGGUACCUACACGCCGGGUCUGGGUUUGGCCGGGUCGGGUGCUGCGCAGGCAUAGCGGAGUGGAGCAAGAGCAAGAGCAGAAGCAGAGGCAGUGCCAGUGCCAGUGCCAGUGGUAGAGCCGGAUCCAGAAAGAGAGCCAGUACCAUCGGCAGCUGUAGUGGCGUCAGGAGUGAGCCGUGCACCAGCCACGCCGCUCUAAACGCAUUCGUUGAAUUACGAGUUGACAUUACGAAUCGUUUCUCUUCGAUUUUAAAGGAGAUCUAUGUGACAGAGAGGGAAAGAAAGAAAGAGAGAGACAGAGAGAGAGAGAGAGAGAGAGAGAGGGAUAGAGAUAGAGAGAUAGAGAGAGAGAGAGAGAGAGAAAGAGAGAGAGAGAGAGAGAGAGAGAUAAAGAUAGAAAGAAGAAGUAGAAAGAAACAGAAAGAGAAGGAGAGAGAAAGAGAGAGAGUUAUAUGUACAUAUAGACAGAGUUAAAUAUAGGAGUAUAGACAAAGGAUCAAAGCAGCGAGUACACGAGAUAUAUCUCAACAUCCAGCUCGCGAGGCACCCCUUGAACCACCCCCAAAGCGUUUCCCCUUUCGCUCCACCCCUCUUCGAGCCGACUCCUCACUUUGGACUACCCUCCUUCUCUCCCCAACUUUCCUUCCUUCCUUCCUGCCUGCCUGCCUGCCUAUCUAUCUAUCUAUUUAUCUAUCUAUCUAUCCAUCUAUCCAUCUAUCUAUCUACCCAUCUAUCUAUCUAUCUAUUUAUCUACCUAUCUAUCUAUCUAUCCAUCUGUAUGUCUGUCUGUCUUCCUCUUUAUUUCUUUCUUACCCUUUCCUUUCAAUCGUUUCCUAAGUUCCAAGUUUAAUACCAAAUAUAAAUAAUAAAGCGAACUUUGUUCAUCGUGUCUAAUAGAGAAUUAGAAAUUGACAGUGAAACGGAAAAUAGUUAUCAACGAGAAUCGCUUUGUGAAUUGAUUGUCGGAUUGUUUUAAUAAUACUCUAUCGAAGAUAGAACGAACAGAACCUUAGAGUGAGAAAAACGAACAUAUCGUUAUUUAUUGUGACCUGUUCGUUUUGUAUAAGUGUUUCUAUAUCACAACGUAUAGUGCAGACUACGUACACAAAUGUGAGGACUGUGAGAAAAGCUUUUGACUUGUCGUUGUCCAGCAGGAAGACCAACAAAGUUGCAUACCCGGUUGUCAAGCGAGUGCUAACUACUUCGGCGAACUAUUCUAUGACUGGUAUUUGUACUUGUGGAGAAUCUCCUGAUACCUGAUUGGUGGUGCGAACGUGGUUGGUACACAUAAGCGAGGCGUUCAACGUGGCCGAUCAUUGGACAUGGUGAGGGGGCAUGUUGGUGUGCCGGCGGUUGCUGCUGAUCGCAGCCGCGAUCGCGGCCUCGAUCGAGGUUGGCUCCGCUAGUUAUCGCUCGAGCAUAUCCUCGGACAACUCCGGCAAUCCUGGAACGACGUCGUCCGAGGUAUCCUCUAGCAGCCCGGAAACGAGCGGCUCGCCAACCGAAAUCGCCGAGACGAUCGUUUGCAGACCGUCCGAGUAUCUUUGUGGUACUGGCCAAUGCGUUGCACAGGACAAAUAUUGCGACGGCGAAAAUGACUGCGGUGACAAGUCGGACGAGCCACGAUACUGCACGCCAUGCAACCGAACGUUGUACGGUGACGUCGGUCGGACGUACAGAAUGGAAGUCCGUCGGCCGAGGAAGGAUCGACUGCCAUUCUUGUGUCACCUCAACUUCACUGCCGCCGGCUCCGAUCUUGGUGAUCUAGUUCAGUUAACGUUCGACACGUUUACGGUCGGUCGAUUUCUAUCUUUCACGUCAGAAGGAUGCCCGGAUGGUUUCAUGAGUAUUCGCGAGGAGGGUCGUCCAGCGACAGGUGGACAAUGGUGUGGCAGUGCUUGGGGUUACACGGUUUACUACAGCGAAACACCCUCCAUCAAUCUCACUCUUUACUUGCAACGCUUGCCUGAGGAGGGGAUCGGUUACAACUUCGACUUCCAACUGUCGUACAAGUUUCUCAGACGGAGCGAAGCACAUCUAAGGUAUGGGAACACAAGUAUGGCCACUUGGCGGGGUGAACUAGUAAAUGGUACCUACUGUGAUCGCGUAUUAACCAAAUGCGACACUCGUGCCUGCCGGCUUCAGUCACCGAACUAUCCUGGCGUCUAUCCCAGGAACGUCACCUGUUACUAUCGCGUAGAACAGAAUCGUGCACCUCCUGGGCACAGAGCACUCCUUGCUGUCAGUCAACGGAACAGCCACAAGAUACACAUUAAGGAUCAGAUCGUCAAGUACGAUAGAAGUCAACGUAUACUCAGAGUUUGGGAUCAGUGCAACGUAGUACAAGAUUACUUAACAGUGUACGAUGGUGGCUCCACCUCCGACAGGGUCCUCGUGAGAUUGUGUGGCGGAGACGCAGUACCGGAUAUUGUCAGUAGUCACAACACAAUGCUUUUGGAAUUUCACACCUCGCCAUACGAUAAUCCGUUUCACCCUGUUCCUUUGUCGUUCCUUCCAGGAUUCGAGCUUGAAGUUCAGGUGCUAUUCGUCGACGAGAAAUCCCGUAGCUUCGUGAAGGAGAACGACAACUGCGACUUUUAUAUAUCGAGCGACGAAAGCUCGUUGGGAAUACUGGAGAAUCCGAAGCAUUCUCUACCGCCGAACACUACUUGCCGUUAUCACUUUCAAGGGAAACUAAACGAGAUCGUUUGGCUUUCCUUCGUGAAGUAUUACGCAGCCAGUGCUGAACUUGCCGCGAAUCUUCACACCGGUGCCGAUUGUAACGCUAAGUUGCUGAUAUGGGAUGGCGAUCAUGCUUCGAAUAAGCUCGUUACCAAUCGUAAGAACAUCACACUGAUGGGCCAAUUUUGUAAGGAUGACAUUCCACGACUAUGCGAUCACAGUCUUUUACGUAAUAGCAGUCGUCACACGCGUCCUUGCAGUCUGACCGAGAGUUACGUUUCAACCGGUAGGGAUCUAACCUUGGAACACAUUCUUCGUCAAGGAAGUGCACUUUAUCCGAUAAGCUUCGUCCUGCGUUAUGAAUUCGUGCACGAGGCAACGUCCUGUAAUCACGUUUUUUCAAUGGCAUCACCGACAUCCUCGUCUUCCACGUCAUCGUCGUCAUCAUUCUCAUCAUCUUCAUCUUCGUCUUCGUCUUCGUUAUCGACCAUCUCGAACUUUGGAAAGUUCACGUCUCCUAAGAGCGUGUUUCUCUAUGGCCGAGGUGGCACACAAAAUCUUAGCUGCGUUUACAGAUUCGAGUCCGAGCCCGAACAUAGAAUAGAGUUAUCCAUUGACAGAGCUUCCUUCGGUGAUAAGAUUUGUACCUCUUACAUCGAUCCACUCGUCAAUCGAUGGACUUGCGAUAGACGUAUUGGCGAGCCAAGAAAGUUUGGUAUAGCCGAACUCGUCAUUGCCGAGUAUCCUUGGCACGAGGUUGAAUUGGUACGCGACUGUUUAUGCUCGAACGUUAGCGAAAGGAUCGUAUUGAGGAGUCUAACGUCUAACGUCAUCGAAAUUAGAUUUACGGUGACAUUAAUGAACGUAACGCAAGACUACAGAGAUUACUUUUUCGAAGGGGAAUAUCGUUUCGUUCCGAUGAACACGGAAAACAGCGAGCAGGGUUGCUCGACGAAGUUGGAAGAGCGUCGAUUGCGUGGUACCAGUGGUGAGAUAUCACUUAGAAGUCCGUUACCACGUGUGAUACCUGGUGUCGCCGCGGUCGAAGAGAUUCUAACGAAUACGGAAGAUCUAACGGCAACCCAAUGCGUGAACGAGCCCUGGCUGAUAGAGCCCGAGGACGCGCGUAUGAACUUUCUUUAUCUACGAACCGCUGGUUAUAGCAUUAAUCUCGACAACGUUGAAGAGUGUACGACACUCAAUCGAAUAAUCGUAUAUUCGGCGGCGAAUACUAAAGAACGGAGUGUUAUAUGUCCAGAGGGUGGCGUCGAUACCAGCCGAACCGUCGACUUUUUCUCCGGUGGUUGGAAUUACAGUGCAGUUAAUGCUACCGUUGCGAUGCAACAACAUUCGAGAAGCUUCGUCGUUGAAUUCCUUCAAAGAGAACCGGGUUUUUAUGCUGUUACUUGGAUGGCUAUCUCGAAACGAUCGCCCACGUCCAACAUUGGUUCUAACCCUUUUACCAUCUCACCUACGGAGGAAUGUCCUUAUAGGUGCCCCGAGAUUCAAGCGUGCAUCAACCAGGUCCUUUGGUGCGACGGUGUACGUCACUGUCCAUCCGGUUUCGACGAGGAGGAGGCCAACUGUUCGUAUCGUUUCGGUGUAACAUUGCUUUACGUCGCUGUUGGUGCCGGUGCCCUUGGUAUAUUCCUCAUCCUUUUGUUAGCGACCGGUUGUCUUAAGUAUUGCCUAUAUCGUCACAAAACGCGAAAGAAGAAGAAGAACGCUGCGCUCAAUGUAAAUCAUCACGUCAAUCAUACUCACCAUAAUAACGGUUUGACUGGGAGCAGAUUAAGUGGACGUUACAAUCUUCCGACACCGCAGGAAAUGUAUUUGGAGAAUUACGGGAAGGAUAGUAUUUGUUGACAAUACGCCAUUACCAAUAUCGAGACCACCGUGUGAAUAGUUUGGAUUUUUAAUCUGCCUACCUCGCUGAAAUAGAACGCGUGAAAGAGAAUUAUCGACGGGGAAUAAACGAAAAAGGUUGGAUAAACGAAAGAAAAAAAAAAUUAUACAAAAAAAUAUACAAAAAACGAAAAGCGAACGAAGAGAGAAACGAAAAAGGAAAAGAUCAUUGACGACAGAGAAAUGAAAACUAUCGACGGAGUAUUUAUCGGCGAGUACGCGCUAAGAGGAGUUCUGCUGCGUUGUUUCAUUCUUUAUAAAUCCUUUUUAAAGUCUGUUCGACGCUCGAACAAAUUUCAACAUACCAAACGCAACAAUGACUUUUUAGAACGUGCUCGUUCCGUUAACUGGAUCUAACAGCGUCCGAGAAAUGCACGAAAAACGCGAGAAUUUUAUUUUUUUUCUUUUUCCUUUUUUGAUUUUUUCUUUUCUCUUUUUUCUUCUCUCUCUCUCUCUCUCUCUCUCUCUCUCUCUCUCUCUCUCUCUCUCUACUUUUUCAUUUUCUUUUCUUUUCUUUUCUUUUCUUUUCUUCUCUUUUUUUUUUUUUUAAUUACCGUGUUCCCCCUCGUUAUACAAGGAUAGCCAGAAGAUAAAAAUUUCAUCGAUCGUCAAGAAACGUCGUCCUACUUGUCGAGCUCAUCUCUCGCAUUAGUCUCACUCUCGCGAUAGAGACCGACCAAGUUCCAUUAUCCUCGAAAAAGAGGAUUAUUAUCCGUGAGCUACGACGGCAAACUUAAAUACGCGCGUUUUUUAGUAAAUAAUAAAUGCGAGCUGCGGAAAGUGAUGAUCAGGAGGGGGCAUUAGCGUGAUCUGCUUUUUGCAACAAAGUCGAAAGCUGUCGGAAGAAAGAGACGGAGAGAAAAAAAAGCAAAAAAGAAAGAGAGAGAGAGAGAGAGAGAAAGAGAAAAAGAGAGAAAGGGAACGAAAGAGAAGUGCGAAUUUUUUUUCUCAAAAUCUCGUUCUCUAAAUUUGCGAAGAAUGUCUUUUUUGAUAAAAAUAAAUGAAAAAAGAAAAAAAGAGAAAAAAGGGAGAAAAGAAAAUAAAAGGACUCAAAACAAGCGUAUCAUCUCGAACGACCAAGAUAAAAAAAAAAAAAGAGUAAGAAAAAACCAUGAGAGCCAUCUAAUACAGCUUUUUCUCAUUCACGCUAUAGUCAUUGCGUCAUGCUUUUUCGAAUAAUAUCGAAAAAUAUAUUUUUCACUCUCGUCUUUCUCGUCUCUCGACAAGAAAAAAAAAAUACAUAGUAAAUAAUAAAAUAAACAAACAAACAAACAAACAAAUAAACGAGUAAAUAAACAAAUAAAUAAACAAAUAAAUAAAUAAAUAAAAGAAAAUUAAAAAGAACGAACGAACUUAUGUCGUGAUCCGUCGAUAUAGGCAUCAUUAUUUUAUCACGGGCGACCUUACGAAGGACCGCGCACACAUACAUAUAUACGUACACAUAUAUCGCGUUUUGCGUGCGUUCACGAAAAUGCGUAUAUACAUGCACACAAACACAGAAACACUCACACAUACGCAAAACGUACAUGAUUCCUAUUAUACCUAAUCCAACUUUAUAAUCAUUUAAAGGCGAACGGUAUUAACGCAUAGAUAAAAAUCGCACGUGUAAUCUAGGUUUGAUUAUCGAUCGAGCAAAGCUUGGACCGACCGGUAGAGUUGGAUGUAUGUAUAGUUGAAAUUAUUGUUUAAGAAAAGAAAGAUAAGAAAAAAAGAAAGAAAGGAAGAAAAGAAAAAGAGAAAAAAAAUGAUCGACAAAGUUGAUACACCAUACUCGUGUAUUCAUGCGCGAGGAAAGAAAAAACAACACGAAGGAGAACAACGGAAGAAAAAUAAAAAAAAAAAAGAGAGAGAAAGAAAAGAAAAAUAUUUACAAUUAGUCGUGAUCGAAGGGAAAAAAGAUCGGACUAUAACGAUUUAGUGGGCUAUGAUCGAAUGCUGUGAUAGAAGUAAGCGUAUCAACAAUCGCACAGGAAUUCCUUCGCGUGUUACUCCUCUUUGAUAUUUAAAUGAGGAGGAGAACCUUCCGAUCAUCGUCGGAUAUGGAUAUCGAUCUUUCAAGUCCUUUUUCUUAUCUGAUCGUUAUCCAAUAAAAUAUAGGACACUUAUACAUAUAAAAAUAUAUAAAAUAUGUAUAUCUUUAGCAAAACUAUCGUCCAAAAACGAUCGCGAUCUCGUUCGGUGAACAUCGGAUUUGUAAAUCGAACGAGAGAAAAUUUCUCGUUUCCUUUUUCGUUUUUUAUUUUUUGUUUCUUUUUUGUUUGUUUGUUUGUUUGUUUUCUCCGUAUCUUUCUAUCUCUAUUUCUCUUUUUCUUUCUUUAUUUCUUUCUUUCUUUUUCUUUUCUUCGCCCGAGAAAAACAGGACGACGCCCAAAAAAAAGUAUUGCGACUUUUCUUACUUACGUAUUUCUCCAACGCGCGAGAGGAGAUUCGCGCAAUGCGUUAAAAAAAAAUGAAGAGAAGGAAGAAAGAAAGGAAGAAAGAAGAAGAAACGAUUUAUGUAAAUCCAAACAAAUAACUGCCACGUUGUCCUUUAUUAUUUAGACUUUUUAUAAAAUUUCUACGAUAUCGUUGCGAUCUUUUUAUCAAUUGUCGAGCCUCUAGACUCUAUUAUUAUUACUAUUAUUACUAUUAUUAUUAUUAUUAUAUUCUAGAUAAAAUGAGAUAAUUUAUAGUCACUUACAUAUCGAGUCUUUUAAAUAUUCCCCGAUAUCAUCUUUUACUCGCCAUUUACACACUACUUACCAUCGGCCGAUAACUCUUUACCGACGACAUUGAUUGGAAUCGCAUCAAGAGAUAAAAGAAAAUCGUUGAGUUCACUGCAUAAAUUAAUAUCCGAAUUCGAGGAUAAUUUUUUAGUGUCAACGAUUGAAAAAUAUUUACGUACUUAUGUAUGUACGUAUGUAUGUAUGUAUAACACAUACCUGUGAGAAUAUAUCUUGGACCUCUAAGCGACUAAAGAAAAGUAUUGUAAAAAAACGAAGGAUCAAAGGGACGACAUAAAAGAAACCAAAAAAAAAAAAAACAAAAUGGAAAAGGAAGAAAGAAACAAAGGAAAAAAGAAUAAGACGGAAAAGGACUCGUCGUUGCUUUUAAAAAAUUUUCAUAAAACGAACCCAAACGUGAUAAGAGACGACCGAUCGACAAAUCCCCAUAAUCUGUUUACGAAAAACCGCACGAAGGUAAAGGGAAAUAAGAAGAAGAAGAAUCAUCGAUUUAUAGCAAAUACGAAUGAAAGGAAUUCAUAUAAAGCGAAAACGAAAAGAAGAAAAAACGAAAAACCAAAAAACCAAAAAAAAAAAAAGAAAAUAAAAAAACGCAUCGUCGCGAUGACAGCGGCAGAUAUAAACGCAUGCAUGUAUGAUGUAAGUACACGAAAAAAAAAAAAUAAUAAAAUAAAAUAAAAUAAAAUAAAAUAAAUAAAAAUAAAAAUAAAAUAAAACAGUAGCACCAACAUGGUUUGCACAAGUAGUUGAAGGAAAAGAAAAAGAAAAAGGAAAAAAGAAAAGCGCAAAAAAAAAAAGAGAAAAAGAUACUGAAGGGAAAAGGAAAACGAAAAAAAAAAAACAACAACAACAGGUGGGAGGCAAGAAUUUGAAUCAAUGAGAGGCCUUGAUUCAACGAUCUUUCUAAGCAGAAUCCUUACACGUUACACCACACAUGAUGAUGUACUUGUAAUUUCGUUGUUUAUACAUAGUUUCAAUAAAACAAACACAACGGUAUCGUUGAAAA